AGAUCCGUGGACUAUGUGUGCAUGAUACUUCAUCAUUUGACUUGACAGCUCGAAUGAUCAGAUAUUUACUAUAUUAUUGUGAUGAUUAUUAAAUACUAUUUUCUUUAAUACGCGUUAGUAAUAAAUAUGCUGUACGGAAAUUUGAUAUUGUAUUUCACCGGUACAGUUUUGUUGUGUGGCAUUCCGAUUACAAAUGCACAAUUAGUAUUCAAAAAGGGUGCACCUCAUGUAAAAUGUGAGAGUGGUUCUUUUAUCGGAAGUGUAAAAACUUCCAGAGGAGAUCUUCCCUAUUAUGAGUUCUUGGGUCUUCGGUAUGCUAAUCUUCGGGACCGGUUUAAACCAGCGACUUUAAAUCGUGGAGAACAUCCGGAUUUAAGAGAAAAUUCUCAUCUAGCAAAUCAUCCAGGUCCGAGAUGUCCUCAGCAAUUCGGUAAAAACACAAUUGGGGAAGAAGACUGUCUGUUUUUGAACGUAUUCAUCCCAAUGAGACCCCCACCAUUUAAAGACGGCUUUCCUGUCAUGGUGUGGAUUCAUGGGGGAGCGUUCAUUUUUGGAAGUGGAGACGGUUACGAAGCUCAAUACUUUAUGGACGAGGAUGUCAUUUUAAUUACGAUAAACUACCGGUUGGGGGCACUUGGGUUCCUCAGCACAGAGGAUAAUGUUGUACCUGGAAAUUUAGGAUUAAAAGACCAAGUUUUAGCUUUAAAAUGGGUACAAAAUAACAUCGAAUUUUUCGGAGGCGACAAAAAACGUGUGACGGCAUUUGGACACAGUGCUGGAGCUGCCAGCAUUCAUUACUUGCUGCUUUCUCCAAUGAGCAAAGGAUUAUUCCAUAGCGCCAUCGUUCAGUCGGGAGCUGUUAGCAAUUUGUGGGCGUUUACUCAUAAUCCUGCUUCCACGGCAAGCGAACUUGGGGAUCUGCUCGAAUGUAAGGCACAAGAUUCAGAGGCACUAUUGAAGUGCUUAAACGGAAAAACUAUUAAAGAAAUAACUAAUGCGCAAGCAAGGAUGAAGAGGUGGUAUAUUGAUCCAAUCGCCCCAUUUGGACCAACAGUCGAAUUUUAUAAUCCAAAUGACGGCUCUACAUUCCUGUCUGAAUAUCCAGAUGAGUUGAUCCAACGAAGAGAAUUCAUAAAAAUUCCGCUAAUGCUAGGAGUCACGCCGGAUGAAGGUCUUAGCAUCGAUGCCGUUGGCGUCAUACAAAGCGAGAAAUUGACCAGUCAACUAGAUUCUGAUUUUGAAACGAUUGCUCCAAUCACUUUCAAUUUUAGGAAUUGGUUCCCAAAAGAAAAUCUUAAACAAAUUGCAAGGGAGCUUCGUCAGUAUUAUUUUGGGGAUAAACCUAUUAACAAGGAGACACUCAAAAAUCUAACAAACUUGUAUUCCGAUGCCAAUUUCAUAUACGGAGUGUGGAAAUUUGCUUUGGAACAUGCGACUGAGCAACCUGUAUACCCAUACGUCAUGGCAUUCCAAGAUGAGUCUAGUUUCAGCAGCACUAAAUUAUUUACAGGACUUGAUGACAAAUUUGGUGUCUCACACGGAGAUGAAAUUCAAUACUUAUUUAAAAGUUUACUAUUUGCCGAGGAGAUUGCAAGGGACUCUGAAGCUGAAAAGUUUUCAAAAAAAUUGGUAAAACUUUGGGCUUCAUUUGCAACACACCGCAAACCAACAGAAACUUGGGGUUCCUCCUUGAAAUGGCCUCAAAUUUCUAAAGCACAGCUACAAGGCGAUGUGCCAUAUAAAUGGUAUAUGCUGGACAAGGAUACCAGCAUUUUGGAAAAUCCAUUCAUGGAAAGGAAAAUAUUCUGGGACAAACUCUUUAAGAAAUACUCUAAGAGCUCUAAAGACGAACUGUGAUGACAAUUUGUCAUGCUAUGCAUUUGAAUAUAAUAAUGGUUUAACUGCUCCAAUAAAUUAAAAUUAUUUUAUUAA